UUCACAGAUGAGAAGCUGGGCUCCAGAAGCUCUGGCGCCCUUUGCACAAGACCACGCAGGUGCGGCGGGGGCGGUGCUGGCAAGCACACGGGAGUCUGGCGCCACGGCCAGCUUCCACUCCAAGUCCUGAACAAGGACUCUGAAGGCAGGAAGGAGGGACCGAAGCGUCCCCAUCCCCAAGGUCCCGCCCAGGUCUCCACCACACCAGCCUCAAAGGCAAACGCACCCAGUUUCCAGGCAAGCAAUCCUGGUUGGCACGGACUGCACAGACCUCUGGGGCAGGACACGUCAGGCUCUCCCAUGAGGUGGCAGAGGAGCCGGGACGGGACAUCCUCAUCCGCCUGCCCUUCAGCGGCCAACGCCCGACUGAUCUUCGGAAAGCCUCCCAGAGCCUUCGUUUUCAUGAUCCCGCUGACAGAGGUGAACACUGAGGCUCACAGAGCUGCCAAGGGGCCAAGGGAUGAGCGGGGGCCCUCCUUCCUAAUGGCAUCUCCCCCUGGUCUGGAACUGAAGACACUGCGUAAUGGCCCCCAGAUCCCAAGGAGACCUGCUCCUCUGGGCCCAGUGGCUCUGCCCCGGGAAGGUGUGGAGAACGUCUGCUUUUCCUCAGAGGAGCAUGAGACCCAUUUCCAGAACCCUGGGAACACCAGACUGGGCCGGUCCCCUAGCCCCCCAGGGGGCAUCCCCUCACAGCCCCGAUCCCAGCGGGACGAUCUAUCCCUGCGAUCAGAAGAGGGGCCCGGCCUAGAGCCCGUGAGCCGCCCGGUGGAUUAUGGCUUCGUCUCUGCUCUGGUUUUCCUGGUGAGCGGGAUCCUCCUGGUGGUGACAGCAUACGCCAUCCCCCGGGAGGCCCGUGUCAACCCUGACACCGUGACAGCGCGGGAGAUGGAACGCCUGGAGACGUACUAUGCCCGCCUGGGCUCCCACCUGGACAGGUGCAUCAUCGCGGGCCUGGGGCUGCUCACAGUGGGCGGCAUGCUUUUGUCAGUCCUGCUGAUGGUCUCCCUGUGCAAGGGUGAGCUGUACCGCCGGCCCACCUUCGUCCCCGGCAGGGGCUCCGGGAAGACCUACGGCUCCAUUAACCUGCGCAUGAGACAGCUCAAUGGGGAGGGCGGCCAGGCUCUGGUGGAGAACGAAGUCGUCCAGGUCUCGGAGAGCAGCCACACCUUUCAGGGGUCUUAAGGAAGAGUUCACCCUGUCUGGCUGCUUCAGCUGCAGGGUGACAAGCUCCCCCCCGGCCGCCGCCCCGAGUCUGGCAUUGCAGACUGAGCUCCAUGGAGGGCCCUGCGGAAGGAGCCUUGGGUGCUGGUGGGGGUGGGGGGAGUCCUGGGGUCAGGACCGGGCUGCACGUGCCAGAGUGGCCCCCUGAUCUGUUUGCAGCUUGAGGUUUUGCAUAAGGUCUGUUUGGAGGAUGGCUUCUGCUGCUAAAAAUACAAAAGUUUGGAAAUGCUGCCCUUGGA